GAAAGUGAUUGGACAAUAAAAGGCAGUAAUGGUAUUUAUUCAAGAACGGGUCAUUACAGGACACAGAACAUGCUGAAUCGACAUAGAAGAGCUUCCUAAAUCAGAAAGAAAGUUCCAAGCCUAGUUUGCCAAAGGAAAAUGGGCACCAAGGGCAAAGUUAUUAAAUGCAAAGCAGCCAUUGCCUGGGAAACAGGCAAGCCCCUUUGCAUAGAAGAGGUUGAGGUAGCUCCCCCCAAGGCUCAUGAAGUUCGUGUGCAAAUAAUCACCACUGCCCUGUGCCAUACUGAUGCCCAUCCUAUCAAUCCUAAAUUUAAAGAGGCCCUUUUUCCAGUGAUCCUUGGCCAUGAGGGUGCAGGAAUUGUGGAAAGUGUGGGGCCCGGAGUGAGUAACUUCAAUCCAGGUGACAAAGUAAUUCCACUCUACAUGCCUCAAUGUAGAAAAUGCAAGUUCUGUCUGAAUCCACUCACAAAUUUCUGUACAAAACUCAGCCUUGUCAAAAAUCCCCUUGUUGAUCAAGAACUAAUGCAAGACAAAACCAGCAGGUUCACCUGCAAAGGAAAACCGAUUUACCAUUUCAUGGGGAUCAGUACCUUCUCUCAGUACACUGUAGUAUCAGAUAUAAAUCUUGCCAAAAUCGAUGAUGAUGCAAAUUUAGAGAGAGUUUGUCUGUUUGGAUGUGGGUUUUCAACCGGCUAUGGAGCUGCAAUCAACACUGCCAAGGUCACUCCUGGUUCUACUUGUGCUGUCUUUGGCCUAGGAGGAGUUGGCCUUUCUGCUAUAAUGGGUUGUAAAGCAGCAGGAGCUUCCAGAAUCAUAGCUAUUGACAUCAACAGUGAGAAGUUUACAAAGGCCACCCUUGGAGCCACUGACUGCCUCAAUCCUAGAAACCUCGAUAAACCCAUCCAGGAGGUCAUCAUUGAAAUGACCAGUGGAGGUGUCGAUUUUGCCCUUGACUGUGCAGGUGGACCUGAAACCAUGAGAGCAGCCCUGGACAGUACAACAGCAGGUUGGGGGUCAUGUACUUUCAUUGGAGUAGACUCUGAAAUGACAGGACUGAUGAUAUCUCCAGUGGAGCUAAUAAUGGGCCGUACCAUAAAUGGAACAUGCUUUGGUGGUUGGAAAAGCAUCGAUUCUAUCCCAAAGCUGGUUACUGACUACAAGAAGAAGAAAAUUGAUCUGGAUAUAUUGGUGACUCACACCCUGCCUUUUGACAAAAUCAAUGAGGCAUUUGACAUAAUGAAACAAGGCAAAAGCAUUCGAAUAGUCCUGACCUUCUGAAGACAGCAGGAACAAUCUGGAAAUCUACCUGACUGAUUCUGAACGGCUCCAGUUGAUUUGUAGCCUAUAAUAAGGAAACAAAGAUUGCCAUGAAUUUAAACAACUAUUUGUAGCUAUAUAAUUACUUAACAUCAAAUAGUUAUAAACGUCAUAGUAUCUGUACCCAUAAAGCAUGUUAAUAUUUCCUGUUUAGUAAGUAUGAUAACUGAUGUGUUUAUGAACAGAAUUAUGAGAAUUGUUUAAAACUAGUUCUGCAGGGGCGCCUGGGUGGCUCAGUCAUUAAGCGUCUGCCUUCGGCUCAGAUCAUGAUCCCGGGGUUCUGGGAUUGAGCCCCACAUCCAGUUUCCUGCUUGGCGGGAAGCCUGUUUCUCCCUCUACUUGUGCUCCCUCUCUUGCUGUGUCGCUCUCUGUCAAAUAAAUAAAUAAAGUCUUUAGAAAAAUAAAUAAAUAAAACUAUUUCUGCAGUUGGGAGUGAAGAAUGGAGAGUAAUAAGUAAAGCUAGAUUGGCUAUAUGUUUAUAAUAUUUUAGGAUGGGUGAUAAAUAUAUGGGGUUUCCUUACACUGUUCUCUCUACUUUUGUUUAUAUUAAAAUUUUCCAUGAUAAAAUAAUUUUUACUAGAAAAAAUUACUAUUAUAGAUGUGUACAUAAGAUACAUAUAUCUUUAAAAUAUGUCACGUAUAUAAAAUGCUAUUACAUAAUUUCUGGGUUUCAAUAAGCUGCAAGCUCAUCUUUAAUAAGUUGCUCAGUAAUUUCCUUUUUAACAUCCGGUAUUUUCUAUUCUCUCAGCCCUACUUUACUGCUAUGAACUACAAUUACAAGUAGUGGGAUAUCAGAAGGUAUAUAAAUGAGUAUAGAUGUACAAAAAAUGAAGAUUUUUUAAAAGAAAAAACA